AAAACCUGCGUCAGCUGACCCGCGCAGCAGCCAAUCACAGAGCCGCGCACGGUUGUAAAUAAAGGGCUGGUUUGAAAACGUCCAGCUGAGUCCACGGAGGAGACGACACGGAAGAAGAAGAAGAAGAAGAAGAAGAAGAAGAAGAGCACGGAGGAGACGAGAGUGUUGCCGACAUGACAGGAGCUGCCGUGAUGAAGAGCAACGGCAACCAACAGGAAAGUCCUACAGGACUCUGGGACUCUGUGAAGAAGGCGGUGUUUGUCAUCGGAUCUGGGAUCUUUUUCUUGGCCGCCUUCGGCAACUCGUUGACGUGGCAUCUCCAGAAGUUCUGGGGAGCAUCCGGAGACUUCUGGCAGAACCAGUGGUCCAGGCUGUACGUGACCUUUGAAGGUCAUGAAGCUGCUUUGUUUUACCUCGGGACCAUGUUGAUGCCCACUCUGGUUUUCUGGAUACCGAAUGCUCUGCUGCUGUUUGUCGACGUCACCGGUAAACCCUCGUUCAUCACUCGCUACCGCAUCCAGAUGGACAAGAAUAACCCGGUGGACAGAGUGAAGCUGCGUCACGCUGUGAAGACCGUGAUCCUGAACCAGCUGCUGAUCUCAGGCCCGAUGGUCGUGGCCGUUUAUCACAUCACCAGCUGGAGAGUGAACCCCUGCGGCCCCGAGCUGCCCACCUUCCACUGGGCUCUGAUGGAGCUCGCUGUGUUCGCCCUCGUGGAGGAAAUCAUGUUCUACUACUCACACAGGCUGUUCCAUCACCCCAGCCUCUACAAGCAUUACCACAAGCAGCACCACGAGUGGACCGCUCCGGUCGGAGUCGUGUGUAUUUACGCUCAUCCUCUGGAGCACGUGCUCUCCAACAUGCUGCCAGCCGUGGCCGGACCGGUCAUCCUGGGCUCCCACUUAUCCACCACGUCGCUCUGGUACUGCCUGGCUCUGGUCAGCACCACCAUCUCCCACUGUGGUUAUCACCUGCCCUUCCUGCCGUCCCCAGAGUUCCACGACUUCCACCACCUCAGGUUCAACCAGUGUUUCGGGGUCAUGGGCGUCCUGGACCGACUUCACGGCACCGACAGCAAGUUCCGGGAGACAAAGCAGUACGAGCGCCACGUGCUGCUCACAGGCCUCACGCCGCUCAACGAGAGCAUCCCCGAUGUACCAAAGAAGGGCCAGUGAUGUAAGCCUUGACCUCUGACCUCUGACCUCAGGCCCAGGCCUUGCCAUAAGUUUUGGGAAUAUUUGACACGCGAUCGGUGGACAUGAAGCUCCCCAACAACCGAUAUGUAGAUAGUUAGAUGGAUAUUGAGGCGGUGAACGACAGCUCAGAAUGUUUUAAAUCAUGAUUUCUAAUGAUUUCUAAUGAUUUCUCAUCCUCCUGUGAUCUGGGAAGACUGAUUCAGUCA